AUGAACGAGAUCAAGAUCACCGUGCUGGGAGGGGAAGGAGUCGGCAAGUCAGCUCUCAUCGUCCGCUUCUUCACUAGACGCUUUAUUGGCGAGUAUGCAUCCUCAUCAGAAUGCAUAUACAGAAAGGGUCUGGCUGUGAAUGGGAGGCAGAUUAACCUGGAGCUGUAUGAGCCAUGCUAUCAGUCCGCUGAGGGUUGCGAUCCGAUACACUGGGCUGAUGGUUUUAUUGUGGUGUAUGAUAUCAGCGAUCGCUCAUCCUUUGUUACAGCCAGAACCAUAGUUAAGCUUAUCAGGGCGUUCCCCUUGGGAUCAGCCAAAAGGGAUGUCGAGUCUCUUAUAUUUGUGGUGGGCAAUAAACACGACCUGUGUCACAUGCGAGCGGUGCGUUGCGAGGAAGGUCAGCGUCUGGCAGCCGAGUUCCGCUGCCAGUUCUACGAGCUGUCGGCGGCCGAGCACUACCAAGAGGUGGUGCGCAUAUUCUCCGAGAUGGUGCAGAGCACCAGCCUCCGGGGCAAGGCCAAGGAGCGCAGGAGACGACCCAGUGGUUCCAAGUCCAUGGCCAAACUCAUCAACAAUGUUUUUGGCAAAAGGAGGAAAUCGGUGUGAAGGCAAGUAUAUGAAGGUUGACAAAAAUCCAACCAAGUGUAGGCUAGUUUUACCCUCAUAAACAAUGCACGUCGGUAGAAACUGCAUAGAAAUGGAACCCUAAGUCAGU